UAAAUAAAUAGAGAAAAUUCUAAAUUAUAUUACCUCAAAAAUUUAGCCAAACUUUUAGCACCGAAAAAAAAACAUAUCAUUUAAUAAGCUUUAUUGUCUUUAUAACGACGAAAGUAUCAUCGAUUGUCUUUAUUACCUUCAUAAGAUACUAAUAAGUUAUCAAUAUAUAGAAGAUAAGAGCAUUGAGUUAUUUUUCGUGGGUUGAACUUAGAUGUUAAGCUUUGAAAAUUCGUCAGUUAGCAAGGAGAUCACGAGAGUGGAACAUCAAGAGGGAAAGAAAUCAAUUUUUAAGAAUGAAGAAAUUUCUAAUUGUGAUAGUUAUCUUGAAAAUUGCUCAGGGUACCUAUGGGCUAUCCUGUGUAAAAUGCGAUUCAUCCUACGAUGAAAGUUGUCAUUUUCUGCAACCAACUACAAGGGCUACAUUGUGUGCGGGGGGACUUCCUGGAGGAACUGAAGAUCAAUGUUUUAUUCAAUUCACCGAAAUGGGUGUGACGAUUCGGGGUUGUUUGUCGGAAAACCCCCAUAUGGUGGAGGUUUGUGAAAGUGGAACGGGAAAUUGUAACACCUGCUUUGAAGAUCAGUGCAACAUUGAUCAAACCAUGAGGGAAAAUUGUGCAAUUUGUGACUCAACUACUGAUCCAAAUUGCGCCUCAACUCCUUCAUCUUUUGUACAAAUGUGUCCCUUUGUUUAUGAAUACGAUGCCGGUGGUUGUUACCUUCACAAGAGAGUUGAUGGGGGUAUUCAGAGGGGUUGCAUGGUUACAGCAACAACGGAUUUCAUUGAUAUCUGUCGUAAAGGGGAAGAAUGUAAAAUAUGUCGUGGACAGAUUUGCAAUACAAAAGUGGAUUUCCAGGAGUGUCAUGUUUGUGAUUCAGAAGUGGAUGAAGAUUUAACCUGUUUGAGUAAUCCUGCAAAUAGUCCUACGAAAAUCUGCCAGGAUUAUGGAGACAGUUGUGCUCAGCUUGUUGUUGCAAAUGGAAAAACAGUUCGAGGCUGCCUUCAAGACUUGGAUGGAAGUACUUCAACCUUCUGCCCUAGCAACAACUGCCAAAUCUGUUCCAACAACAAUUGCAACAGCAACAUUUUCCCAUCAGAUCGUAUUACCUGCCAUCAAUGCAAUGAUGAAGAGAAUUGUUACAAGGAUAUGACGAGCAUUGGCAAUGUAGCAUAUCCCUGUCGCAAUUACGCGCUUGAUGACCAAUGCUACACAGUGCAGGAAGAGAGUGUAGUUUAUCGUGGAUGUUUGUCAGAUAGAACCCCAGAGAAAUCUACUUGUGACAUUGCUGGAGAUUUAUGCAACAAAUGUUCUGAACAAGGAUGCAAUUCCGGUGUAAUUGAACCUCCUACUGAACCACCUACUACCCAACCUACUGACCAAACAACACAGCCUACGGAUACAACAGCUGCGCCACCACCGGAGAGACGUUGGUGUGUUCAGUGCUCUGGUGCAAUCAACAGUGAUUGCUCAUACUACCAAGCUUCAGACAAAAGCACCCAAUGCACCGGAAGUCUUGAACCUGGGCAAAUUGAGCAAUGCUAUUUCAUUGUUGAAGGCAAUACCGUUCGUCGUGGGUGCACAGGGGACAGAUACUGCGAUUCACGUGAUUGCACACAAUGCAAUUACAAUCAUUGCAAUUUCCACAGUAAAGCUACAAUGGAAUGCAAGCAAUGCAACUCUCGACAGGGCAGCGAUGAAGACCGUGAGAGAUGCAGAGACAAGCCGGAAGAACUUUCUACAACCCCAUGCGCUCUCAAUGAUGUGUUCUCCAUUGAGGAUGCUGGAUGCUACAGUAUGCGACUUAACAUUACAGUUGAUGGCGAAACUGAAUCCUAUGUUCGACGUGGUUGCAAGUACAUGAUGCUUUUGGAUCCACGAUGUGAUGAUGAUGAAGAUGAUUCAUGCAUCAUGUGCCAAGGUGACGGUUGCAAUACCCAUGAUGUUAGUUACAGUGCUAAACUGUAUCCAACAAUGGGAAUUCUUCUUGCUUCUCUUCUUUUAAUCAUCAUGAAAAAUUUCUCAGGUUCAGUGUGAAAUAGAUAAUACUUGUUGAAAAUUUUAAACAAGAAGAGAAAUAAAGAUAUGAACUCUUGCCAA